UUCCUUGCCGCACGCAGCGCCAGUCGAAAGUGAGCGUGGUUUGUAACAGUAUGGUGAUAGCCUGGACUGCAUACAUACAGUACACAGCCUGAUACAUUCGCUGCUGGAGGAGGGGCCGCUCACAUCUCACAUCUGUAUGAAGGGAAAGGGACAAACAAGAAGCGUACUAUUCACCCACUCCGUACAACAAAAACAACAAAAACGUGGAUAACCAGUGCGGUGUCGCUCGUGCUACACCGGAAACAAAGCGAGACCAACCAAAUGCGGAUUUUACUUUUUAUCUACGACUCCAGUUGUGUGUCUCUGUAGUGGCACCGCCGGCGGGCGCGCUGGGUGAUUAAAAUAACACAGCCACAGGGCCCCCGACGUUUGGGAAAGCAUCACCGGCUCACUUGUUCGGUAGGAGAACCCGCUUUCUGUCUCGGCUCCACCGAGGAGGAGACAACAUCUUGGGCCGGAGAGAUGCACCGUUUGGAGGGCUGAGCCGGAGCACUUCAGCCGCUGCUGAGCGUCGACAUGGGAGAAUGAAGCAGAGAUGCAGCCUUAACUCUCCAUGGAGUCUCCAUGAAUCACUGUUUGUCGUCUCAACCCUUUCUGCUGGCAUAACGACGGAACAUCCAAAGCUGCUCGAAUAACUGAGUCAAAGCAGACGUAGAGCAGAGAGCUGCUCGGGGUUUGGCCUGGAUUCCUCUUUAUUGGAGGUCCAUGAAGUGGAAGCCUGCUCUGAAUGAGGGUCUCGCAGCCAUGAAGACACUGCCAUGUUGCGUGAGGCUGGGAAUAUCUGCACCUACGGCAUCACGUUUAACGUGAGCUCACCAGCAACGAUGCCUGCUCACCCUGGGGAAGAAUGGUUCACUCCACUACUAUUCCGCUCCCGGAGGCAGGGGGCCUUAAUGCCAGUCUCUGCUGCCUGGUUACGGGGCUGCUGAAUCUUUCCGAGAGGCCGCCGAUGGAGAACAUCUCCAUGGGCUCCCUGUCGUCCCCGGAGCCGGCCACGGCGACAGCGGAGGCCCCGGCGAGCCCGCAAGGCGUCGGCCCGCCCCUGCAGGUCUUCUUCUGCAUCGCCAUGGUCGCCAUCCUGCUUUUGGCUCUGCUGGGAAACAUGGUGGUGUGCCUGAUGGUGUACCAGAGAUCUGCCAUGCGCUCGGCCAUCAACAUCCUCUUGGCGAGCCUGGCGUUCGCCGACAUGAUGCUGGCCAUCCUGAACAUGCCCUUCGCGCUGGUGACCGUCCUGACCACCCAGUGGAUUUUCGGAGACGUUUUCUGCCGCGUUUCAGCCAUGCUCUUUUGGUUCUUCGUGAUGGAGGGCGUGGCUAUACUGCUUAUAAUAAGCAUAGACCGUUUUCUUAUUAUUGUCCAGAAGCAAGAUAAGCUGAGCCCACAGAGAGCCAAAUUGCUCAUCGUGGUCACAUGGGUACUCGCUUUCCUUUUCUCUUUCCCCCUGGCUGUUGGUUCCCCUCCCUUACAGAUCCCUCCCAGGGCCCCUCAGUGUGUAUUUGGAUACAGCGUUGAGCCCGGGUACCACACCUAUGUGUUGAUAAUAAUGCUAGCCUUCUUCUUCCUACCUUUCAUGGUCAUGCUGUACACGUUCAUGGGGAUCCUGAACACCAUCCGCCACAACGCCAUCCGUAUCCACAGCCACCCGGACAGCAUCUGUCUGAGCCAGGCCAGCAAACUGGGCCUGCUGAGCCUCCAUAGGCCCUUCCAAAUGAACAUAGACAUGAGCUUCAAGACCCGUGCCUUCACCACCAUCCUCAUCCUCUUCUCUGUGUUUACAGUGUGCUGGGCACCCUUUACUGCCUACAGUCUGGUAGCCACCUUCAGCGAUGGCUUCUACCACAAAGACAGCUUUUUUCAAAUCAGCACAUGGGUCCUGUGGUUGUGCUACCUCAAGUCAGCCCUCAACCCUCUCAUUUACUACUGGCGGAUCAAGAAGUUCCGCGACGCCUGCCUCGAUCUGAUGCCCAAGUACUUCAAGUUUCUUCCUCAGCUGCCAGGCAACACGAAGAGGCGCAUACAGCCGAGCGCGGUGUAUGUGUGCGGAGAGCAUCGCUCGGCCGUCUAAAGGAAAAAUCCACCCUCGAACCCUUCAGCACUGUUAAAAAAACAACAACACAUCUUUACAUAAUGUACCUUGCAAUUUUGGACAUGUUUUGUUGUUUGGGGGGGGUAUACUUCUAUUGGCAUGUGUUCAGAGUGAAAUCAGCACUGCAUUAAAAAUAAAUGCUCGGGGGCUGAGUUGGUGGGUACCAGUGAGAAAAUGAACGACAAUCCAGGAAGUACUACUUUGUGUCAUCCGGGAUACCAAAACAUUUGUUCAUUGUGGUUUUUAUUAUAUUAUUGGAUUUUCUUUUUUUUUUUUACCUUACUUGAAGACUUUUAACGUAAUUUUCUACAAAACCCUUAAAAAGAAGAAGAAAACAAAAGAAGCCAAAUGUGUUGAAAGUUAAAUACAAACAGCCAAAUAAGCCUAAAUAAAAUACAGCAUAAAAUUGCCAAAAUGCUAAUAUAAAUCGGAUACUGUCUGUCUGUGAUAAAAUAUGAACUCUUGGGGGGGCUUCUGCCAAAAAAACAACAAAUCUGAAGACGGUACGCACAACAUAGUCUGUGCAAAAAGGCAUUGAGUUCAAUAUCCAGCUCCAUUUGAAUGUUUACACACCGUCAUUUUCUCCCCUAUCUUGACGACUGUGAGGUAAAUGCUAGAGUGGAACUGUUCUCAUUACGGAAUAAUCUAUUAGUGUGCACUUUUAUUGGCCAGUGCAGUGCAGUGCAGUACAUUGCCAGAUGACUUUGCAAGAGUUGAAUCAGGGUCAACCGGACGACCGUUCAUUUCCUGACUGGAGCCCUGUGCAAUGAAACCCCAGCAGUGUUUUAAUGCAGUGCUAAUGUCGGUCUGACUUACCGUUGUCAUCCUAAAUUCAACAACAAUCCGGGUGUAUAUGAAGAUUCUCAGUAGGUAAUGGGACAUCAGUUUGCUCAAGGCAACUGGACUUACUGUGUGAAAGGCCUUUUUUUUUUUUUUUUUUUGCAUCUAACCAAAGAGUCUUCAUCACUGGUGAAACUUUCAAUUUUCAUAUCAUUGUGGUCAGGUUCCAUUGGCAUUUGCUUCACAUUUUGAAAAACGUGUUGGCUUGUGGUGCAAUCGCAGUAUCAUGCUCCAUUUAAAAAUAUAUAUUUAUAUUUAGGAGUUACAGGUAAAUUGGCAGCAGCUCCUUUACAAUUGAAGUUGAUGUUUUUGAGAUUCGAAUCCUGAUGCAAAACGGGAGGUUUUCUUGUACCACUGCAAGUCCAGUCGCCUUUUGAACGUGAUUGGAGACUUUGUCAUUCGUUUCAUUAAAUAUCAAGAAGUACGAACUGAAGAGCAGCUGUGCAGGCUGUUUUGUCUCAAAAAGCAGACCAAACAACGAGAACAUUUGCCUUUUUGAUUUAGCAAUUGUAGAUAAACAACCAUAUAUCUCUUUUAUACAGGUGACGGAGACACGUAUCUCCACCUACGGCCUCUUCAGUAGUACGGUUUAAUUACAAUACCAACAUUCUAUUGGGUUAAUUUUGUCAAAACACAAGCAACCAUACAAGAUCUUUGCCUAAAGUCAAAAGUUGGCGAAUUAUUGUUGAAAUCAGGUCAAAGUCAAGAAUACAAAAUUGUCCACAUUUUUUAUGCCAGUUUUGGAUUAUUGUCAUUUGACUCAAUGCUUUGGAACAAAAGGUGUUUAAAUUUGAGCCGGGUCUAUAUAUGCGGUUGACCAAAGUACAGUUUAGAGACAUUUCCAGCUGAAAAAUACUACCUAGGGUGAACUUGCUGUGUUGCUCCUAUGCUUUUGCUAUAGCUAUGGCUCUUUUUUCACCUACUCAACCCAAAGUACAAACUUCUUCUCAGAGGAUGAUUGGAUGCCAUUCUGGGUAAUAAAAGAAACGUUUUAAGUGAAGUAGUCUUCUCAAAGAAACUGUAAAAGGAAAUGAAAACACUUGUAUAACUCCUGGAAUGCACUGAAUGGCACAUACUGUGUGAGAGGAUAAAACGGGUGAAUCUUUCCUUUAAUAUUGUACUAAGAAGACCGGCACUGCUGGGUUUGACUUGACUUGUCUUUUCUUGCCACUGGGAUCAUGAGUCUUGGGGGGGGUUGUGUGUUUUAGCUGCGUAGAACUUGUUUUAUGAGGCAUGUAAAUUAAUAGCUUAAAUGGAAUUUGAAUAUGGUCAGAAAGUGGCCACGACUCAUUUGGACGUGUGUAUUUCUAUUUAAAUGUGUUGGAUGUGCCUAUUAAUUAGUCCAUUUGCCAGUCAGAAUGCUGCUAUAUCUGGUGGAAAUGUGCAAUUUCAGUGUACUGUACUGUUUGAAUGUAAUAAAGAAAUAGACAU